GAGUUCUUCUGCAAGAUCCACACAAUCUCUUCUUUGCUUCUCUCGGAAUCGCCCACCGCAGUUUCUCUAGUCAAUGGCUCCUCCAUACAAGAGAUUGCUCGAGCCAGUCCUGGUGGGCGAUUCGCAGCUCCAGCACCGCGUCGCCAUGUCUCCUAUGACGCGCCUGAGGAACCACCCGGAUCUGGAGGCUCCGGGAGAUCUCAAUGUGCUCUACUACUCGCAGAGAUCGUCCAAUGGAGGCCUCAUCAUCAGCGAAGGGACAUAUCCCACCCCGGACUCUCGAGGCUACAUACGAAUGCCCGGAAUAUGGAGCCCCGAGCAAAUCAAGGCCUGGAAGCGAGUCACCGAUGCUGUUCAUGCCAAGGGCGGGGUGAUCUUCUGCCAGUUGAUGCCCGCUGGUCGAAUUUCCCACUCCUCUCUCCUCCCAGACGGGAUGCUCCCUGUGGCGCCAUCCGCGGUAAAACCCAGCGGAUUGGUCCACGUCAGGGAAGGGAAGGUCCCGUAUGAAGUUCCAAGAGCUUUGGAGCUCGAGGAGAUCCCCGCGGAGGUGGACAAGGUCGCGGCGGCUGCCACCCGUGCGAUCGAGGCAGGAUUCGACGGCAUCGAGCUGCACAGUGGUAAUGGGUAUUUGAUGCAGCAGUUCCUGGCCAAGGAGACGAAUCUCCGGACGGACGAGUAUGGAGGGAGCGUUGAAAACAGGGCACGCUUUGUCCUCGAGGUUGUGGAUGCGUGUGCAAAGGCAAUUGGAUCGCACAGGGUUGGGAUCAAGCUCCAGCAAGGUGUGACAUUCAGUGGAUUGGUCGAGCCAGAGGAUGACUCUCUAGAUCAGCUUGCGUACCUGGGUCCGGAGUUGGAGAAGCGAGAUCUCGCCUACGUUUGCAUGUCCAGCCUCAAUUACGAUCCAUACUACAAGUUCCUGGGCCUGGACAAGCCAAACUUUGAGACGGACGUGUUUCAGUUCUUCCGGAAGCACUUCAAGGGAACGCUCAUGAUCAACGGGGGAAUCCAGCCACAGAAGGCAGAAGAGUAUGUGGAGGAGGGGACUUGCGACCUCGUCUGCUUUGCAGUUCUUUUCAUUGCAAAUGCCAACCUCCCACAGCUCCUGGCGGCGGGCCAAGAGCUCAACAUGGGCGGCUGGACAACUUCUACAUGGUACAGUAGGGAUCCCAUGGAUGAUCCCAAAGGAUACACGGACUGGCCACUUGUUGAGGCUGCUCUGUAAUUUACUCCACAUUUAAAAGAUGUCAGCAUUUGACCAAAUUAUCUAAAUUAAUUUGGAUGUGUUUCAGUUCUUCCGGAA